GGUGGAUACAUGCUAUUACGAAAUUUGCCGAGGAGGUGAAUACAGGCUAUAACGGAGUUUGCCGAGUGGACAAAACAAACAUGGGCGAUGAGCUGGCUCUUGAGAGACGAGUUGUUAGAUCAGAGUUGAACGAGUUGUCAACUUUGUUGAACAAAGCUGGGGAUGAGUGUUUUAUUGUAACUGCCUGUGUUUAUGACGAAACACCACAUCUGCUCGGCUCGAUCAAGGGAACUGACUUUGUAGAGAGCAAAUCCCUUAUUGUCAAAACGGAAUUUCUGCAAUACUUAAAAAACCAGGUGUCAUCAGAAGUCGUCAGUAGGCCAGACGUUAUUGACGAUCCAUGCAGUGAGAGAAAAGUGGUCAGGUCUCUUAUGAUACAUUUGGCGGGUAAAUUACACGCCAACGGGGAGGAGUGUUUUAUUGUGACUGCAAAGAAUCCAAACGUUCUUGGCUCCGACAAGGGGAAAGCUUACUUCUGCGAGAAUUUCAAGUUUUGUCAGAAAGCAUUCUCUCGCCACAUUGAUGAAAGCAACCUUGAUGCCAGUAAAGUCGGGGGAAAACACGUCGAAAUGAGCACACCUAACGUGUCGUUUGCUCAACAUUCCAGACCUACUGAUGGAAACAGAUCAAGUCAAUCCGUGGUACCAGUGAAAGUUAAAAAUGUUUCGGAUAAUGUGAAAGUGAACACUAAAAGGACCAAUAUAGAUGACCAAAUUAAGGAAUCGCCUUCGCUCCUUCUUGGAAAAGCUAUAUCAAACGAGGGGACUCCAAGAAAGGCAAAUUUCGAUCAUCCUGUCGUACCUAUAACACCCGCCUUUUAUGAUAAUGAUAAUGACCGUUGGUCGAGUUCAGAUGACGAGUUUCAAGAAGUGUCGGAAAAUGAUUUACCCGACAUGAAUGCCUUUAUCGGAAGGACUCCGAUAAAACUAGAUCAAGACGCCACGCGGUCAGUACAGUCACCUCCAAAAUUAUGGUCAGCUUUGCAAAAGAGAAAGGAAGCGUGUCAAGAGCUGGAAUCGCCAAACCAAAAUAAACAGAAUGAAGAUAAUGGAAUACGGUCAAACAUAAGCGCUGGAGAAAACGAGAGGGCGACGAAGACAAUUGCAGGGACAUCUGAUGAGUGUAAACAGGGAACUUAUUCAAACACAUUAGAAAUACAAAUAUUUACAUGCGUUGUAAAAGGAUGUUCGAAAGAAUUUACCACCCGUUGGCCGUUAUUACAUCAUUAUCAAAGUCAUACUGAUAGGAAACUAAUCACAUGCAGAGAGUGCGAUGAACAAUUUAAAAGCAGCACCAGCGCAAACAAACAUUGUCAAAGAGCCCAUUAUGAUAUUGAAAACCUGAAACCUCAAUAUCCAACCCGACGGCAACUUGAAGAUCUCGAAAGGGAGAUUAUGGCGAAAAACACUGAUGGCAUCUUCAAUUCGGAGACUAAAAAUUGAUACAGUUGUUUUUAUAUAUUAUACAUGUGGUAUUUUUGUUUUGGGAGUUUUGCGCUGUUGUUCAAUGUUCCUGGUUUGUGAUUGUUUGUUGUUAUACAAUAAACUCAAUAAACUCUU